AAUGUACGACGGAAUGACAGACGGAAAUACCCAUUUUUUUUAUACAUAUAGAUUUAUUUAUUAAAGGUAAAUUAAGCAAAUUGGCUAUUUCUGGCAAUUUAUUGAAGUGUGUAUCAAACUGGUAGCCCUUGGCAUUCAUCAGUAGCCAAGUUCUUGCUUUCAAAAAGGUUGCUGACCCCUGUUUUUAAAGCAUGACUAAAAAAAGCAGAUGUUAGCAUGCUAACAUAACGUGGCCUAUUUGCACUGGAACGCUGCCCGUUUUAGUCCUAGUCCUAAUCCUAGUCCCGAAGGGCAGACCCCUGGUGGGCCACCUGCUCCCGUAGUCUUUAAAGCACAUUAGAGGGCCCAAUAAUCUUGGCUCUUGUCCUUCCAGCCAAUCAUCCGUCCCCAAGUGUGUAAUCCGGCUAUGCAGCUAAUCAGGUAGUCCUGAGUGGCCCCGCCCCCAACGACAUGUCCCACCGACGCUGAAGAAACAUGGCUGUCCGCAGGUCGCCCUCCUCUACCUGGACAGAGUCCCGAGAAACUGGACGAGGUCUGAUCCGGGUGGCCACGGCUCUCAGCGAGUCCUCCUCCAUCCACAGCGACGCCCUGUACCACCUGACCAGGGACGUGUCCGUCAUGGGUCUGGACCCUCUGACCUCCAGCACCCACAGAGACCAAGUCUGGAACGAGGAGGCCCAGAGUCUUCUGAAGGUGGUGAGUCCGGCAUGGAGCCCCAAAGACGGCGGCGAGGGCCUCCACUUCGCCGACGGUCGCCGCAAAGUGGACUACGUUCUGGUGUUCCAUCAGCGGAGACACGUCUCCCAGCGUUCCCCCGCCAGCACCUCCGUUUCCCACGACCGGCUGUCCGUCGUCUCCAACGGCAACUUCCCGCCGUCGGAAGGCAAAGGAAACAGGGAGUCCGUGAGCAUCGGCGAGUUGUUCACGGAGCUGGACAGCGAGGGGGCGGAGCCUGCCGACCACGACAUGCAUCUGGUCAGGCAGGAGUUUGAGGCCAACCUGCUGGAGGCCGGCCUGGAGAUAGAGAGAGACCGGGAGGUGAAGUCCCACGGCCUGAGCUUCACUCGUCUUCACGCUCCUUGGCCCGUGCUGUGCAGGGAGGCGGAGUUCCUCAAAAUCAAAGUCCCCACCAAGACGCGCUACGAGCUGAAGGAGGAAGGUGCGUUCAGCAGCAGCGUGAGCAGCGUGUGGAGGAAACUGAAGCAGCCUUUCCAGCCCAAAGUGCCGCAUCAGGACCACGGGGCCACAAAGUUCCUCACACACUGCUUCUCCAGGGAAAGGCUCCACCUGUACAACAUCACAUCGAAAGACACGUUCUUCGACAACGCCACAAGGGGUCGGAUCGUGUACGAGAUCCUGAGAAGGACAAUCUGCGCGCGAAGCUGUCAAACAAUCGGUGUCACCACCUUGAUCGCCAAGGGGGUCUACGAUGCUGCCUUCCCCUUGCACGACGGGGAUUACAAGGCCAGCGGAGACCCAGAAGAGAGGAAUGACCGACAGGUUCUGCAUGAGGAGUGGGCCCGGUACUCCGCCUUCUACAAGUACCAGCCCAUAGACCUGGUCAGGAAGUACUUCGGCGAGAAGAUCGGCUUGUACUUUGCCUGGCUGGGUGUCUACACGCAGCUGCUGGUGCCAGCCUCCAUCGUGGGCAUCUUUGUGUUCGGCUACGGGGUGGCAACGGUGGACACCAACAUCCCCAGCCUGGAGAUGUGUGACGAGCGUUUCAACUUCACCAUGUGUCCUCUGUGCGACGGCGCCUGCGACUUCUGGCAGCUCAGCACCGCCUGCGGCACCGCCAGGGCCUCCCACCUGUUCGACAACCCCGCCACCGUCUUCUUCGCCAUCUUCAUGUCGCUGUGGGCCGUCUUGUUCCUGGAGCACUGGAAGCGCCGUCAGAUCAGCUUGAGCUUCAGCUGGGACCUGACCGGCAUCGAGGAGGACGAGGAACACCCCAGGCCCAAGUAUGAAACUGUCCUGCUCCAGAAGAGACAGUGCAAGCAGAAGAAGAAGAAGAAGAAGAAUCAGCCCGCCAAGCAGGAGGAGGAUGGGACAGAGACAGGGAAGGACAGAUGGAGGAGACAACUUCUCUCAGCCAUGGCUGCAGGAAGACUGGCGACCAUUGAGAAGUUAACCUGGAAAGACCGACUGACUGGAUAUUGUAUCAAUGUUUCCUCCAUCCUUUUCAUGUUCGGCUUGACCUUCUCCGCAGUUUUCGGCGUCAUCGUUUACCGCAUCACCGUGUCGGCCCUGAUGGCCAUGAGUCCAGACCCGGAGACCAAGUCCAACGUGCGCGUGACAGUGACGGCCACCGCGGUCAUCAUCAACCUGGUGGUCAUCCUGAUCCUGGACGAGAUCUACGGCGCGGUGGCGGUGUGGCUGACCGAGCUGGAGAUUCCUAAAACCGAGACCAACUUCGAGGAGCGUCUGGUCCUGAAGGCCUUCUUGCUGAAGUUCAUGAACGCCUACGCGCCCAUCUUCUACGUGGCCUUCUUCAAGGGGAGGUUUGCAGGCCGACCCGGACGCUACGUGUACGUCUUUAACGACUACCGCAUGGAGGAGUGUGCACCUGGAGGCUGCCUGAUCGAGCUGUGCAUCCAGCUCAGUAUCAUCAUGCUGGGCAAGCAGCUCAUCCAGAACAACAUCUUUGAGAUCGGCAUCCCGAAGCUGAAGAAGUUGGUGCGCACGCUGAAGGACAAGGGCGUAGCGGAGAAGGAGGCGGAGGAGGAGAGGCCGCCACAACAGUGGAACCUGGACUACGCCCUGGCCCCCUUCGAGGGCCUCACGCCUGAAUACAUGGAGAUGAUUAUCCAGUUUGGCUUCGUGUCUCUCUUCGUGGCGUCCUUCCCGCUCGCUCCCCUCUUCGCCCUGCUCAACAACAUCAUCGAGAUCCGCCUGGAUGCCAAGAAGUUUGUGACGGAGCUCCGCAGGCCAGUGGCUGCACGCGCCAAAGACAUCGGUAUCUGGUACAACAUCCUGAGUGGCAUGGGGAAGUUCUCAGUGAUAAUAAAUGCCUUCGUGAUCUCCUUCACCUCGGACUUCAUCCCCCGCCUGGUCUACCAGUACAUGUACAGUCACACGGGCACCAUGCACGGCUUCAUCGACCACACCCUCUCCUACUUCAACGUGUCCAACUUUAAACCUGGCACGGCGCCACACAACUCUCAUCACGGAGACGUCACCGUCUGCAGGUACAAAGACUACAGAGAGCCUCCCUGGUCUGCAGACGCGUACCAGUUCUCCAAGCAGUACUGGUGUGUCCUGGCAGCCAGACUGGCCUUUGUCAUCCUAUUUCAGAACCUGGUGAUGUUCCUCAGCCUGCUGGUAGCCUGGGUGAUCCCGGACAUCCCCAAAACCAUCGUGGAGCAGCUGAAGCGCGAGAAGAAGCUGCUGGUGGACGUCUUCUUGCGAGAGGAGAAGGACAAGUUGCAGCUCAUCCAGAGUCUCUUCGCCAAGGACGCCCCCUUCCCCCUCCCGGGCCGCUACAGCACCCUGCCCCAGUGCGGGGACUCGGGAGCAGGGGGGCCCCGGGCCAGGUGCAGGGCGGCCAGUUUCGGCUCGUCCAGCAGGAAUGAGAACUCCAGACACACGGCCGUGUGAGCUUCGAACCUGGAACUUUGUCUUCUUCUCACCUGACCGACGUUCAUCCUUCAUUCCACUUCGUGAGGCUCCCGGCUUCAUAGCGUAGACCAGCAAUAAUCCUCAACACCCGUGUAGAUCCUAACUUCUGGGGACACAAACCAUGUUCCUUGUGGGUCUGGAUGAAGGUUUGCCUGGUUCCUGUGAGAAUCCUGCGCCUGGCCCAAGCAUUAAGGAGUGGGACUAUCCCACUCAAAUGACCAGCAGGUAGCGUAUGUGAGCAGAUAAUACUGCAUCAUCCCUUUCUCCGUCUGACUUAGCAGGUCUUCACUUGGAGGGAACGCCAUCCCGCCGCAAGUGAGGGACUCAUCCAGACUUUCUCGACUAGACUUGUAGCAGUUUUUCCUCAUUAGUGGAGGAGCUUCCUGAAACUAUUUAUUCUUUGUAUGCCUGGGUGUCCAAAGUCAGUCUCCUGCCAACCAGCACAGCUUCUUGUGUCGUCUCUCUGCAUAUUAUUUACAAAACAAUCACUAUUGAUUAUGAUGAGAUAUUACACAAUUAUGUUGAUGUUUUCUUCAGAUAGUUUAGUUUAUAUCGACACACACGGGAUGACUUUGCCAUCAUUUCACACACAUCAUUUCCUCAUUUUUUAAGCAGUAUCGUCUCAAACUGCCAUACCAGGUACAUCCAUCCAUCAUCUUCCGCUUAUCCGAGGUCGGGUCGCGGGGGCAAAAGCCUAAGCAGGGAAACCCAGACUUCCCUCUCUCCAGCCACUUCGUCUAGCUCUUCCCGGGGGAUCCCGAGGCGUUCCCAGGCCAGCCGGGAGACAUAGUCUUCCCAACGUGUCCUGGGUCUUCCCCGUGGCCUCCUACCGGUUGGACGUGCCCUAAACACCUCCCUAGGGAGGCGUUCGGGUGGCAUCCUGACCAGAUGCCCGAACCACCUCAUCUGGCUCCUCUCCAUGUGGAGGAGCAGCGGCUUUACUUUGAGUUCCUCCCGGAUGGCAGAGCUUCUCACCCUAUCUCUAAGGGAGAGGAAACUCAUUUGGGCCGCUUGUACCCGUGAUCUUAUCCUUUCGGUCAUGACCCAAAGCUCAUGACCAUAGGUGAGGAUGGGAACGUAGAUCGACCGGUAAAUUGAGAGCUUUGCCUUCCG